UGCGAUGCCGCGUGCCGCAUGUUCCGCGAUUCCCACGUGAUAUCGGCACAUAUGUCACGACGUAUAUAAUGCACGUGUAUUAUUGUUGGAUUCUUUAUCAAUUUACGAAUUGUUAUAUGUUUCUUUCAUUAUAAUUUAUUUAUCGCUACUGUGAUAAAUAUUUUGCAAUAUAUUUUUGACUGAUUUUAUGUUUCCUGUAAAAUUAUUAUAAUGUAAUGUGAUGAUUAUAAACACCUAUGAAGAAAAAAGAAAAGACAGUUUCGAACAGUUUUAAUUGUUACGACUAAGAUUACGCAUAUUUUAUCGUAAAUAAGUAAAAAUAAUUAAGAGAGAUUGAGAACCAUGAGUGAACAAGAAUUAAAAUCAAAAGCAUUCAAACGUGCUGAAAAAAAUUUGUUAAAUAAAUUGAGUGCUGUGUUUUUGAAAAAUUAUCCUCACCAUGUGAUGCCAGGUUAUAACUUGAAUAAAUUACCAUAUAUUGAGAAAUGGGAUGAGAAGAGUGUAAUGGAACUCUACCAAGAAUUUCCAUACAGCUGUGACUUACCAAAGCCAUUAUUACCACCAGCAAGAUUACCAAGAACAGCGCUCAUUCAAGAAGAUCCAGCUUUACAACUUCUCACAUUUAAGAGACAUUUGAAAGAUGAUAUAAACAGAAUAAUGAAUCAGUACGAAAGGCAUAAAAAAGAGUUGAGUGUAAUAUAUAAAAAAAACAUAAAAUGGAAUAGAGGAAGUAAUGGAUAUAAUGCAAAGGUGCCUAGAUACAUUGCAAAUAUAGCGGAACUGAUUGACAUGGAUCCUGACCCUUAUUUUGAAGGGUCUUACAAUUGGUACUAUACUGGUGGAUCAUUAAACUAUGUUCAACUAAAUGGCUGGGAUGUUCUACUAUUCCCAUUUAUGGAAGAUUUAGUUGCUGCAAAUAUCAUAUCGAUGGAAGAUUCCAUAUGGAAACCAUUAUUAAAAAACUCGGUUAAAUGUAAACUACAUGGAUUGUUGUAUGAAAUUCGACAAAGUAAAAUUAAUAAUACAUGUAAAAUUUUGGGAAGGCAUAAAAAUCAAUGCGCUCUUUAUAUGCUCUCUAAUUCUGAAAAUCACUUAACACUUAGUGAAAUUCAUAGGCAAGCAUCAAAAAUACCAUAUGUCAGUGCUGAUUUGAGUUUAACUAAUGUCGAUCAUCAUUGUACACUAAAUGCAGAAAGAAUAUUGUCCUUAUGGGACAUAAAUAGUAUGAAUUAUAUUAGCCGUGGUUCUAUACUGCAAAAUAAUACAACUCACGAUUCUUGGGGAAGUAUAAGAUUUCAGCAGAUGGAUCCGCACAUUUUGAUUUACGUGGAUAGAUGUUGCUUACAUUAUCUUGAUACUAGAACUGCUUUUGAUCGACCGUGUCUCACAUUGUGUCCAAAAUUUAAUUUGGAAAAUUGCGAGAGCCUCUCGGUGGAAGCUUCAAGUAAACACAAUUGUUGUCGAUAUUUAGCAACUUCUCAUUCUCUCUUAAUGUGCGAUAAUCGUUCUCCGAAGCAAUGCGUACGACAAAAAUGGACACAUCAGUUUAAAGAUACUCCGCUAUUAGCAGCUGUCACUAAUAGCGAUGACAAGGAGAUUAUUGUCUUGUCAACUCAAAGAGUCGGCGAAAACGCAAUAAUUUUGAAUACUUGGCUGAACAAUGAAGAGUCUCAUUCCUUUAGUUUACCUUUCACACCUCCAUCCAUUGCAGAAACGAUGAACGAAUGUCGAAUACAAGGAAUGUGCUUGAAUCCAUAUUUACGAAGCAGAUUUGAAUUGUGUAACUCUGGUAGCACAUUAGUUACAGAUGUAAAGAAAGGAGCUGUGUCCUACUUUGUUCAAAAUUCGAUCGGUGACAUAUUUUAUCAAUGUAUAACACACGAAAACACAUUGAACAAAUAUUCUCCCGUUAAUGGCAAAGCUUGUUAUGCAUUAAACAUGUGGGAAAAAGCUUUAUCAACUCAAACUGAACCGCUAGUACCUCUAACAAUCACCAACAAGUGUAACAUGCAACAUAUAUACGAAAAUUUCACGAAUAAAAAGCUCCGCUUAAAGCCCAGUAGGAUAGAUGUGGACAAUUCUUUUGAACCAACCUGGAAGCAAUCGUUGGCUACAUUGGGAUCAUACAUCGAUCUAUUAGCACCAGAACUUUUUGCAGUUUGGGAAAUACGUGACCAAGUACCAGUACCUGUACGGACGGGAUCCCAUCAGAAAGUCUUGAACUGGUUGGAAUCGUCGACUUCGAAUCAUCCCAACACGCAAUCACAGGAUGAGUCUGAAUGCAUAGCCACACCUAUUAAUACUCAAGAAUUAAUUAGCGUGUCUCAAGACCAAGAUCUAAUGUACAUUGAUGAUAGCAAUGUAUUGCAAGACAUAUUGUUGCCGAAAGUUAAAUCAAAAUCGACUAGACGGAAAAGGGACAUUUAUAAGCUUACAUAAUUUAUAUUUGAAAUUGAAUUGAAUUGGAGAGAAUGUCGUAAAAUAUUAGAUUAUUUAAAAUUUAUAUUUUCGUACAUAUCAAGAUUACAUAAUUUGUACAUAUAGACGUGAAAUAUUUAUAAUGAUGCAUAAUGACGUACGAACCAUAAAUAGUGAUUUAGAACAA